AUGUAUGAAUAUCCUACUCUACCUACUAACACGGAUCAUGUGUGGACAGUCAAAACCUCAACUCAACUUGAAAAACCUAGAUAUAUAAUAAUUGCACUACAAACAGCGCGUAAGAACUAUAUAAACAAAGAUGCUAGUAAAUUCGAUCAUUGCGAUGUUAGCAAUGUGAAAGUAUAUUUGAACUCAGAAGCAUAUCCUCGGGAAGAUUUAAAUUUGAAGUUUAAUCUAAAUCAUUAUGCUAUUCUUUAUGAGAUGUACAGCAAGUUUCAACAAUCAUAUUAUCAGAAACCACCGCUACCACUCUUAUCCCCACAAGAAUAUAAAGAUAUUGCUCCAAUUAUGGUUAUUGACUGUUCUCGUCAAAAUGAAUCAAUUAAAAACGGACCUGUCGAUGUAAGAAUUGAACUCAAAACAUCCAUCCCUGUUCCAGAUUUAACAACAAUGUAUUGUCUUAUUCUUCACGACCGUAUAAUUGAAUACAAUCCAAUGACAGGAGAAGUUCAAAAACUUAUCUAA